AUGCUUCCGGGCAGUUUAACUUUCAUGAUUUUACUCAUUUCUCAGAUUGAAGAAAUUGCCAUCCUCAGAGUAGAGGCCCAAGAACUGGUUUACCCUCAAAAGCUUGAUCAGAAACAGAAGCGGGAAAUUUUCCACACUAAUGAUCACAUACAGGAAAUGGGUGGUGAUGAAUUAUUAUACGAAAUAAAGCUACAUAAAAAGAAAAUAGUACUUCAUCUUUUAAGAACAAGAGACCUCCUCUCCUCAAAUUACAGUGAAGCACACUACUUAGCAAAUGGAAAUAUCAUCAUUAUGCAUCCUCAGAUUGUGGAUCACUGUUUCUACCAAGGAUCCAUUGUACAUGAACCUGAUUCUACUGCCAGUAUCAGCACAUGUAGUGGUCUGAGGGGGUUCUUCAGAAUAAAUGAGCAAAGGUAUCUUAUUGAACCAGUGAAAUACUCAGAUGUGGGGGAACAUAUGAUUUUCAAAUAUGACCCACAUGAACAAUUCUAUGCCAAUCAUUCCUGUCAACAGCUCAAUUUUACUAGGGGACGUUCAAUGACUAAUACUAAAUCUAUAAGAAGCUCCCGGAUGGAAGAUCUCCCUAGAGAAAACUAUAUUGAGCUGUUCUUUGUUGUUGACAACAGUGUGUAUCAAAGGAAUAAACAUUCUCACAAUAAACUAAGGAAUCGAAUUUGGGGAAUGGUCAACUAUAUCAAUAUGAUUUAUAAACUCUUAGACGUUCAUGUGACAUUGGUUGGUUUUGAAAUAUGGACAGAUAGAGAUAAAAUAGAAAUAAACUCAAAUGCAGAAACUACCUUAUUAAAUUUUUCAUCAUGGCAAGAAAAGAUCCUCAAAGAAAGGAAUGAUUUUGACUAUGUUGUAUUACUCAGUGGAAAGUGGAUCUACACAAAUGUACAAGGGACUUCUUUUCCAGGGAGUAUAUGUUUGCCCUAUUAUUCCUGCAGUAUCGUUAAGGAUCUUUUGCCUGACUUAAACAUAGUUGCAAGCAGAGUGGCACAUCAACUGGGGCACAGUCUUGGGAUGCACCACGACAUCUACCCAUGUACCUGCACUUUGGGAAAAUGCCUGAUGGAUUCUAGUGGAAGCAUUCCUGCAAUGAAAUUCAGCAAAUGCAGCAAAAAACAAUUCCUUCGAUUCUUGGCAGAUAAUAAACCAACAUGCAUGCUCAAUCAACCACUCCUAGAUAUGGUUACUGUUCCGUCACUAUGUGGAAACAAGCAUUUGGAUGAUGGAGAAGAAUGUGAUUGUGGCCCUGCUCAGGAGUGCACUGAUCCUUGCUGUGAUGCAAGCAAGUGUUUGUUAAAGCCAGGUUUUACUUGUACAGUAGGAGAAUGCUGUGAAUCUUGUCAGUUGAAGCAAGCAGGUACAAUUUGUAGGCCAGCAAAAGACGAAUGUGAUUUUCCUGAAGUAUGUACUGGUGACUUUUCUGGAUGCCCUAAAGACCAAUUCCAAGUAGACGGAUUUCCUUGCAAGAAUUCAGAAGGCUAUUGCUUCAUGGGAAAAUGUCCCACCCGUAAUGAUCAGUGCUCUAACUUGUUUGGUGAAGGAGCAAAAGAAAGUCCUGAUAUUUGCUAUGAGAUGAAUAUGAAAGGGACUAAAUUUGGAUAUUGCAAAAACACGGGAACUGGAUUAAUGCCCUGUGAAGAGAAUGAUGUCAAAUGCGGGAAGCUCUUCUGCUCCAGAGGGCAUCAGUCAGCUCUCCCAGCAGAUGAAGUGGUCUAUUAUAUUGAUAAUCCCAAGGAGAAUGCCACUGCUGAAUGCAAAGCCUUAUAUCUACAUCACAAUUCUGAAGAUUUUGGUUUGGUUGCUCCUGGAACAAAAUGUGGAGAUAAAAUGAUGUGCAUCCAUAGUGAAUGUGUGAGCAUCGAAAAGUUCCAGAGUUCAUCCAAUUGCUCUGCUCAGUGCAUCAAUAAUGAUGUGAGUAAGCAUGACUGCCAGUGCAAUGAAGAUCAAAUACCUAUUUCCUGGGAUGAAAACUUAAAUAUUACCAAUAUUAGUAUCCUGAUCAUUCUGCUUGUCCUGCUUAUUACUGGUAUUCUGGGUCUUGUAUUCACAAUUUAUCACCAUCGAUGUAAUAGAUCGAAACAAGUCCAUUGCUCACCUAGAGAAACUCAAGGAGUAGAGAAUAAAGGAUAUUUCUGUGAUGAACAGCAUUCAAGAACUGAAUAUGGAAGUCAUCAUCUUCAUAUUUUGUGGAAGAAAGUGGAAUUGAAAAGUGAACUUGUAAUUCACAAAGAUUUCUCAGACACAAGUAGAAGAAAACAAACUAGGAUAGAAAAGGGUCAGAUGCAGGAAGACCAAGUUGGCAGUUUACAGAAUCUCAGAGAAAGAAUAACAAAGAUCUCUGGGAGAGCUAAUGGUCUGGGAAAGGAAAGCACAUAUUUUAGAAUGUGGCAAAUCACCGUAAUAGAAAUGGAAGCGUUUAACACUGGAAAUCAUUUACAAAAAGAGUAA